UACAAAUUUCAAGAAGCAACGUGCACAUUUUGGGCUGCCAACUUGCGUUAAGGAAGCAACCCUGCAAAUUGAAUAUUAUCCAACACUAAAAUUAAAAAAAUAUAAAGACGCGCUGUUUAAAUUGUUUCUUUGAAAAACUACUAAAUAAUAUUGAAGUAAGUGCUUAUAAAAUCAAUGCUUAUCAAGUGCAUUCUUAACACACAUCACGUGAGCAUGCUGACAACGACGCAAAACUACUAAAUUAUCCCACCUUGAACUUUGCGCGCGAAAGUAAGUUGGAAAAGCAAAAGCAAAACCAAGAUUAUAAGAAAAUUAAGAAUUACAAAAAGAGUGAGUGGAGAUAACAUGGAACACGCUGAUUCGGCGUCUCCGCAAACCGAGUUGCAUAUCGACUACAAAACGCCCAAUAAAACCAGAUCAAUGAUUGAGAACGAGGUGUUGUUGGAUAAAAUAAAUAUAUUGACAACCAAACCGGAGAAUCAAUCGCACAAUGCAAAGUUGCCGACAAUUAGGGAUUUUGUCAUCAUCAAGCCAAUUAGUCGUGGAGCCUUUGGCAAGGUGUUCCUCGGCUACAAGCAGAACGAUUCGAACAAACUGUUCGCCAUCAAGGUGAUGCGCAAGUCGGAGAUGAUCAACAAGAACAUGGUCUCCCAGGUGAUCACCGAACGCAACGCUUUGGCCUUGUCCCGUUCCCCAUUCUGUGUGAAUCUUUUCUACUCACUGCAAUCGCUGUCUUCCGUUUAUCUGGUCAUGGAGUAUAUGGUGGGUGGUGAUCUCAAAUCCCUGCUGGCCAUGUAUGGCUACUUUGACGAGGCAACCGCUCGCUUCUACGUGGCCGAGAUGGUCAUGGCCUUGCAGUAUCUGCAUCAGCACGGCAUUGUACAUCGCGACAUCAAGCCGGAUAACAUGCUCAUCUCGGCUAGCGGCCAUGUGAAACUUACCGAUUUUGGCCUGAGCAAAAUUGAAUUGCGCCGCGAUUUGGAGAUAUCCGAUCUCAUCAAUUGUUCGCCCAAUCUCAAUGCUCGCACGCCGGGUCAACUGCUGUCGCUGACCUCACAUUUAUCAUUUGGCUCCGAGAAGAAAUUGCAUGAUUUCGGCGUUGUUGGCUGCGCCAUGUUGACUACCACUUGCACGGGCACUGGCACCUCCAACUUAAUGCAAGCCAUGAACAAGCAUAGCCUGAUCUUGGAAUUAUCCGACAGCGAAGCAGACACAUCCUUCAACGAUGCGGAGAAGACGAACGAUAGCAAAAUCUCUGGAGUCUCUCCAUUUUUCUCCGCUGAGGAGGUUAACGUUUCCAUCACGCACACCUGCACCACCAACACCAAUCUUGUGGACAGCAGCUCGUCUUCUUAUCACACCUGCACAUCGGCGGAGAUCAGCAAGAGCUCGCCGCCUCCUGAGCCAACCACCGAGGGCGGCGCUCCGGAAACCACAAAGCGACGCGUUGUUUUUGUCCUAGAUAGUGUCGGUGUCGAUGCCAGUGCGCGGAUCAAUUGCCAGGGAUGCAAAUUGGCAGAGCAGGACAAAAACAAAAUGGCUGCUGCUAUUGCUAUCGAUGGUAAACACCAAGUUGCCGCCAAGUUGCCGCAAAAUGCAGGUGAAGCCUUGCUUGAGUUUUCCAUGGUGCGCCGGCGUUCGCUAGACGAGCGCAAUCGUAACUCCAAGCUUCAGGAGGAUUCGGGGGUGUCUAGUCGAAAGGGCGAUGACAACUCCAGCUGCCAUCUGAAUUUAAAUAGCGAGAGCACCGCCUCCUCCAUAGAGAAGAACACGGAUAAUAUGAGUCAGUCCAAGGAGGAAUACAGUUGCUCCGACUAUUCGCGCAGCUAUAACAUGACAAAUAACGCCAAUGAGCUAAGUGGCAUACGCAUGAAUUCACCAUUUCGUAAUCUGUCCAAGCACUUCAAGCGACCCGAUUUCCUGCGCGGAAUGAAGCGUAAAAUCAAUCUGGUCAAUCGGUCGGAUAACUUGUCCGGCAUGGAUACAGAUGGCACUGGCAAUGCCAGCACCAGCAGUGGUCUAACCCAAGAGAUCGAGAUACUCAACAUUGGCAGCAGUACACCCAAGAAACGCAAGGCACGCUCAUCGCCCAUACGCGGUGUACUCAAGUUGCGUUCUCUGUCGGAUGACGAGAUGCCUAUGCAGCAACUGCUGGGCUCCGAGGCCAGUGUGGCCAAUGUGGUUUUCUCGACGCCAGUGUCGUCACAGAAGCAGCCACGUCGCGAUGGCGGCCUGCUCGGUAAGUUGAAGGCUACACGCUUCGCCCUACCCCCAUCCAUAGAUAACAGGAAGCCGGAGCAUGCUCUGGCUGUCGAGAAAUUGUCCGGUGCUCAGUAUCAUCUCAAGCUGGCCGACGAUCCAACGAUGUCACCUAUCGAUCACGGUGGCGGCAGUGCACCCAAAACGCCCAAAAAUACCAACAUCAACGUGAAUACGCCCUUCCGCACGCCCAAAUCUGUGCGACGUGGCGCACGCGUCUCCAACGAACGCAUCCUUGGCACACCCGACUAUUUGGCACCGGAGCUGCUGCUCAAACUAGGCCAUGGCCCGGCCGUCGACUGGUGGGCGCUGGGCGUGUGCUUCUAUGAGUUCAUGACUGGCAUACCGCCCUUCAACGACGAAACGCCUCAGAAAGUAUUUGACAACAUUCUCAAUAAGAAUAUUGAAUGGCCUGAAGGCGAUGAGGCAUUGUCAGCGCAUGCCAUGGAGGCUGUGGAGCUGAUGCUGACCAUGGAGCCCUCGGAGCGCCCGGCCGCCAAAGAGGUGCAGCAGAUGCGACAAUUCGCCGGCAUCGAUUGGGAGAAUAUUGGGCAUAUGGAGCCACCGUUUGUGCCCACACCAGACAAUCCCACCGAUACUGGCUACUUUGAGGCGCGCAACAACUUGCAGCAUCUGCAGUUAUCCAAUUUUGCAUUGGAUGACUAAACGAUUUUCAUUAUUUCCUAGUUUUGUAAGUUAAGUGUUAUUUAUAUGUUCUUUUUGUAGCAAAUUGUACUUGUCAGGUUUUUAGGUAUAUUUUUUCUUUUAAUAUGUAUGUUUCGUUGUUAUCUUUCGGUUGGAUCAAUAUUUAUACAUGUAUGUCUGAAUUCUAACUAUAGCGAUAUUAAAUAUUUCGCUCAAUUCCGGCUUUGUUACUGCCAUUACGCUUAAGCCAAUAACUCCAAGUAUGCACGCUAUAAACUGAUUUUAAAAUUGUUGUCUUUAAGAUUAAGUAAGCAUUUAAGUUUUGCAUUUCAAUACAAAUGAUACUAAAUUAUAAACAACUCAAAUAUAUUGCUUGCAAUUUCCAAAAAACAGCAAAAAAA